AUGUCAAGCAGAAGACCUAAGAGAUCAUUCUCUAGUACUAUGCCCCUAGAUCAUUUAUCAUCACCUCCACAAAUUAAAUCACAUGCCUAUAAGAGUAUACAUAAUUCAUCGACGAGAUAUAAUAAUAAAGGUAGAAGCACUCCAAUAUCUGAAAGAGAAAUUAAUGAUAUGACAUCAAAGAAUUUUUUGCCAAGUUCUCCAACUGACGAUAGUAUAAAUACUUCAAGAAAAAGUUUAGAGAAUGAAGAUAGUAGUGAUUACAAUGAACAAUUUGAUUCUAUGGAUGGAUCAUCACCUUUGAAAAAAAGACAUACAAACCAUAAAUCAAAUGGAUUAUUAAAUGUAUCAUCAUCACCAUCAAUAAGUAAUUCUCCAAGUCGAUCAAGGCUCUUUAAGAGAGACUCAGUUAAAUAUCAAAUUCCAGGGUCUUUAGAAAUUCUAACAAUAGUAAAAAAUUCAAAUGUUAAGAGAAGACCAAUACUUUUGACAUUUAUGAAUGAUAAUGGUGUUAAUCCCUAUAUACAUUUCACUUAUAAGAGUGUUCAAUUAAAGGAUGUAUUCAUCGAUUUUAAUAGAGAUUGUGAAACUGUAAUGUUUGAUAGAAAAUAUACAUGUUUUGCAGUAAUCUUUAAGAAAAUACGAAAAUGUACAUUUGAAAAUAAUGGAUCAAGAUAUUCAAAGACAUUUUAUUGGUCAAAUAUGAAUAAUAAUAAUAAUGAUGAUAGAAAAUUAAAUAAGAUAAAUCAUUAUCUGGUUAAAAGUAAAGCUGCAUAUAAUAUUAAAAUAUUAAAGACAAGUACCGAUAUUUUAAAUGAAAUAACACUUUAUAAUAAUCAAUUAUCAAAAGAAAAAUCUAAAUCGAUAGCUGAUGAAACGUCAAAAAAUUUAUUUAAUGAAUUUAAUAAGAAGAGAGAGUUACCUGCAUCAUUUUUGAGUAAGAAUUUUUUAUCUUUACAAAAUAAAUCAACAUCCUCUUUAAAUCAUAGACCAUUAACUAAAACUGGAAAUUCUAUUCAAAUACCCAAAAAUCAAUCAAAUGGUAGUCGUUCGUCGGGACCAACAAGUAUAUCAUCCGGUUCCUUUUAUCAUAAUUCAAAAUCCUCUUUAAAUACUCAUAAAUUAUCAGAGAUAAGAAGAUCAAAUAGAAUUCGUAAUAAUGUUAAUAUCGAAGAUAUUACGAAGGAAGAAGAAGAUCGUGAAAAACCAAAAUUAUUUAAACCAAAAUUGAGAUAUAAUUUUAGUGAUGAUAGUAAAUACACAAUUACUAAUCAAGAUUUUAAAUGUCUUUACAACAAUGAUUGGAUAAAUGAUACACUGAUUGAUUUUUUCACGAAAUAUUAUGUAACAGAUUCAAUUUCAAAAAAUAUUAUCCAAAAGGACGAUGUUUCUAUCAUGUCAUCUUUCUUUUAUACGAAAUUAAUAAGUGAUCCUGAGAAUUAUUAUGAGAACGUUAAGAAAUGGGUUCAGCAUUCUGAUUUGUUUGCCAAAAAAUUUAUAAUAAUCCCAAUUAAUAUUAAUUAUCAUUGGUUUGGCUGCAUCAUAUAUAACUUGGAUACCCUUUUUAAGUUUUUACUAGUCAAACAGGAAGGAAACAAAACACAAGGCUCACAAGCUAAAGAGAUCACAGAAAUGACUCGAGCAAAUGAAGAUACUCCACUAUCCAAUGAAAAUAAACGAGAUAGUGAAGGUGAUCAAAAUGGCCAAGAUGAUAAUGUUGUACAGUCUGAUGACAUUACUGAAGUGGCACCAACUAUCCAAAUUUUAACAUUUGAUUCCUUGAGGGGUAUCCAUUCUAGAGAAUUAGACCCUAUUAAAGAUUUUUUAAUCGCAUAUGCACUGGAUAAAUAUUCUCUAGUGGUCGAUAAAUCUUGGAUAAAAAUGAAAACUUGUUUGGUACCACAGCAACCAAACAUGAGUGACUGUGGUGUUCAUGUGAUAUUAACGAUCAAAAAGUUUUUUGAGAAUCCUAAGGAAACAGUAAAUAUUUGGAAUUCGAUAAGUCGAAAAAAUAAAGAGGCCUCGAAAUUAGUAAAUGAGUAUUUUGAAAAGAGUAAGAGAAAUGUCAAUGCAAGAAAAGAAUUAAGAAAAGUCUUGUGGGACCUACAAGCUACCCAGAUUAAGUGGAUGGAGGAGAACAAUGAAAACAACGAUGAUUCUGAUGAUGGCAACGCCGAUUAUGAAGAUGAAGAUCUUGAAAUUAUUGAAAAUAUUCCUGAGUUACCAAAGGGAAAUGGAAAAAAGGAACCUGAUAUUUUAGAGGGAAAUGACAUUAUAGAAAAGGAGAGGGACAGUGUUUCAGAAGAACACGACCAAGCUGAAUUAAAAAUAGAAAGUUCUCAAAAGGAACUAACAGAUAACAUGGAACAAAAACAUGAAAAAGAAAUCAGAGAUGAAGCUCAACAGAAUAAUGAAAAAAAAAUGGAACAUAAAGUUGAUGAAAAGAUUGAUAGAGGCGACACUUCUAUUUUAGCACAUAAUCACGAAUUGAACGAUUCAAAGACAAAACAAUUGUCGUCAGUUCCUCCGAGUCCAGUACCUUUUACUAAUAUCGUUGAAAAUGAAGUCCGACAUAUACCAACAGAAGAUAUAGACGAAAGCAUGGUCAAAACACCAGCACUGAUAAAUCUGAAAACCACAGCUAUACAAAAUAGAGUUGAUGCUCCAGAUUAUCAUCAACAUGACAUUAUUGUGUCAGGCGAUGAAAAAUUGCUUCCUGAAAAGAUUGUUGCUAUUCCUGUUACAGAGACAAAAGGAAGAAUUAGUUCUAAAUAUUUCCCAAAGAAUUUAAAAGGAAGAGUGCUAGGAUUCCGAAACGAAAAAUCUCCUACGUUAUCAGAUAGAGACUAUAGAGAAAAUGUAACAGAUGAAGAGGAGAGCGAUAAUAUACCGGCAUCCAUAAAUAGUUUACAUUUCAAACAUGCAGAUGACAUCAAAGACACCGACACCUCUUACCAAAAUAUAGUUAUUUCUGAUAUUGACAAGGAUGAUGAUGUUAAUCUUAUCGGACAGAGUUCUAAUAUAUCCAUAAACCCGCAUAAUAUCGUUACAUCAGAGCCUGAAAGCAAUAAUGACAGUAGUUCCCGGGCCGAAGAUAAUAUUGAUAGCAUUAAAAACAAUAUCAAUCGUGAAUUAUACAAUAAUGAUUCUUCAAAUUUCAUAGACUUGAGCUCUCCAUCAAAUAGACGGAGAUUAGAAUUCCUUGAAAAAGGGUAUAGCAAUAACCCAUCGUCUGCAAUUUCCUCAGAAAAAUCUGAAAUGGAAUAG